AUUUGACACUUCUGUUUGUGAUAAAUCAUCUAACUCGGGGCAGCAGAAGGCUAUUCACAUGUGGAGAGUGGAAGGUCUAGAACUGCACCAAAUGACAAAUUAAGUUACUGGACGUAUAAUGGAUGACUUUCUUGUUUAUUGUGCAGGUUAUGAGGAUUUUAUUCUCCAAUAAUCCAGACUUUCAAUCACUGGAUCCGCUAUAUAAAGACGUGACGUAUAAUUACCGCGCAUCUUGCAUUUAUAUGAAAAUGUAGUCUUUACCAUCGGCAUCGACGGGACAAAGGACAGGAGCUUAUUCAUCAAAACAUCUAUUAGUAACCGACAGACUACAAUUAACAUAAGGCUGUUCUUUACUUGGAAGAAGCAACGAAUUGACUGCAAGGCUUCAUAAUGGACAUGCAAAUUAUAUUCGAGGAGAUGACCUGGCCAUCGCCACGGAGUAUAUUAUUGGCGUCUUUGACUGCUGUCUUUGCCGUGCACCUGUGGCGCAGGAUCAGGCGGAACUGCGAUGUAUACAGCCCGCCUGGACCCUUCGCUUGGCCGGUCAUUGGGAACGCAAUAGAGGUUGGCAAAACUCCUCACCUCUAUUUCUCUCGCAUGGCACGGAAAUAUGGGAACGUCUUUCGAAUCAAACUUGGCUGCCGGGACGUUGUGGUGCUGAAUGGCGACGCAAUCAGGCAGGCGCUCAUCAAAAAGGGAUUUGAUUUCGCAGGCAGACCGGACUUUACUUCUUUUCAAUACGUUUCCAAUGGCGAUGGCAUUGCUUUUGGAAAAUUCAGCGAAUGGUGGAAAGUGCACCGAAAAGUAGCCCAAUCUACUGUUCGGAUGUUUUCCAAUGGCAACAUGAACUCCAAAAAGACCUUCGAAAACCACGUUGUCUGCGAAGUUAGGGAGCUGCUCCGUCUUUUCCUGGGAAAAACGCAAGAGCACAAAUAUUUCCAGCCGAUGACAUACUUGGUGGUAUCAACAGCGAACAUAAUGACCGCCGUGUGCUUUGGAAAGAGGUAUUCCUACGACGACGCAGAGUUUGCGCAAGUUGUGGGACGAAAUGAUCAAUUCACCCAAACAGUAGGGGCUGGGAGCAUCGUUGAUGUGAUGCCUUGGCUCCAGUAUUUUCCCAACCCGAUAAAAACCAUUUUUGACAAUUUUAAAGAGCUCAACCGGGAGUUCAGUAAAUUUAUCGUUACUAAGGUUGUCGAGCAUCGAAAGACCAUUCAGCCAAGCACAAUCCGGGACAUGACAGAUGCUUUCAUCAUGGCAAUGGACCAUUCUCAGGACAGCUCGCCCGGAGUCUCACCAGGCAAAGAUUAUGUGCCACCUACUAUUGGUGAUAUUUUUGGAGCAAGCCAAGACACACUGUCUACUGCACUCCAAUGGAUCAUUCUGAUACUUGUGAGGUUUCCUCAUAUCCAGCUGCGUCUCCAAGAGGAAGUGGACAAAGUGGUCUACCGGAGCCGUCUGCCCACCAUCGAAGACCAGUCUCAGUUGCCUUACGUGAUGGCCUUUAUCUACGAGGUGAUGCGCUUCACCAGCUUUGUGCCUCUCACCAUUCCCCACAGCACCAUCACCGACACUACCAUCAUGGGCUACACCAUCCUCAAGGACACAGUGAUCUUCAUCAACCAGUGGUCCAGCAACCACGACCCGGCCAGGUGGACACAACCAGAGACCUUUGACCCCCUGCGCUUCCUGGACCAGGAUAGCUCUUUGAACAAGGACCUGGCCAGCAGUGUGCUCAUCUUCUCCUUGGGAAAGAGGCGGUGCAUCGGAGAGGAGCUGUCCAAGAUGCAGCUGUUCCUAUUUACUGCACUGCUGGCACACCAGGCKCACUUUAGUCCCGACCCGGACAAGCUGCCCACCAUUGACUACACCUAUGGGCUGACCCUGAAGCCCAAUAACUUCUCCAUAGCAGUAAAUCUACGGGACAGCAUGGACGUCUUGGAGGAGGCUAGCCAAAAGCCCUUCUAUGGGGAGACCCAGGAGGACACAGGCAACUCCAGAUCAGACUGAGAAUAUAGUUGCUAGAAGCAUUACAAAAACGGUAAAUGAAGCUUUUAAGAAGUAGAUUCAUGAACUGAAAUUCGUCCUCAUGUGCUAUCAGGUAUCAGCUACUAUAUAGUUAAAAAUGUAUUUAUGAACUGAACACUCAGGCAAAAUACCCUUCAUAUACAUCUAUAUUUCUUUGUUCUACAGGUAAUCACUCAUAUGACUAUGGCUCACAAAAAUGCWACUUUUAAAGAUGGUUUUCAAUAGGUUAUUGCACUGAUGUUUGUAUAUCUUUCACUGGAACACGUCAGAACAUAAGAAAGUGUGCAGUGUUCAUCUGAGGGCGAUGGCGUGUUCUUUUACACUUGUUUGCAACUUCAUUUGACUGUAUUUACUGGAAUAUUGACCAAUUGGAGUUGAUUCAGUCAUUUUACUUGCACCCACCACCUCAGAGAGUACUGUGUGUACCUUUUAUGGCUCAGUCUGUUCUUUCAUAGUUGUGAUGUCUUCACUAUUAUUCUACAAUGUAGAAAAUAGUACAAAUAAAGAAAAACCCUGGAAUGAGUAGGGUGUGGACAAACGUUUGARUGGUACUGUACAUUUGUUAAAUUGAAAUGGUCUUUWAAAAAAAUCUAUAUUAGAAUAGUGUUUUCUUUUUUAUUGUCUUUUUGUUCUCUUCGAGUGUGUGUUAUGUCUUCAUACGCUUGAACGUUCAAAAGGCUGCUCUGCAAAAGUUCUUCGUGUAUACCAUAUUAUUAAGAUUCUUCAUUUAAGAUACCAGUUAUCAAAUGAUUUAUUCUCCAUGUUGUGUUGAAUACAGAACAUAAUCAUUGUGUUACUGCAACUGUGAUGUUGCUCUUGUGAGAGUAUUUUACGAUAUCUAUCUGAACUGAUGACAUUGAGUUGAUGAGUAAAGGUAAUAUGUGUGAUAUUAUACAGUAAUACUAAAUUAAAGGACAUUUUAUUCUUG